AUGGCGUCAGUCCGCGUUUGCGUAUGUGGCGACGAGAGCACGGGCAAGUCCAGCCUCAUUGCUUCGCUCGUCAAGGACCAGUUCAUGAGCAACAAGAUCCAACCCGUCUUGCCCCAGAUCACCAUCCCGCCCAGCAUCGGAACCCCAGAAAAUGUCACGACAACCAUCGUCGAUACGUCUGCUCGUCCCCAGGACCGUACCACCUUGCGUAAAGAGAUCAGGAAAUGUAAUGUCAUUCUGCUUGUUUACGCCGACCACUACAGUUAUGAAAGAGUGGCUCUCUUUUGGAUGCCAUACUUCCGUUCUCUCGGCGUCAAUGUUCCCGUCGUACUGUGUGCCAACAAAUCGGACCUCGCUGGUCAAGGCAAUACCCCUCAGAUAGUGGAGGAGGAGAUGCUACCCGUCAUGGCCGAGUUCCGCGAGAUCGACUCCUGCAUUCGAACCAGUGCUCGUGAGCAUAAGAACGUCAACGAGGUCUUUUUCCUGUGCCAAAAGGCCGUCACCCAUCCUAUUGCUCCGCUCUUCGACUACAAGGAGGGUCGUCUCAAGCCAGCCUGCGUUGCUGCUCUCAAGCGAGUCUUCUUCCUUUGCGACAAGGACCAGGACGGCUUCUUAAACGACGAAGAGAUGCGCGAGUUUCAGGCACGCUGCUUUGAUAAGCCUCUUACCAGUGAUGAUUUGGACAACAUUAAGCUGUCCAUUUCCAAAACCAUGCCAGAUGUGAACAUGGAAAGGGGUAUCGAUCAACCCGGCUUCCUCCAACUGAACAAGAUUUACGCCGAAAAGGGUCGACACGAGACCAUAUGGAUCAUUCUUCGCAAAUAUCACUAUACAGACAGUUUAAGUCUCGAAGACAAAUUUCUUCAUCCCAAGUUUGAUGUGCCGGAAUAUUGCUCUGCUGAACUAAGCCCUAUCGGCUACAGGUUCUUUGUGGACCUGUUUCUGCUUUUUGACAAGGAUAAUGACGGAGGUCUAAACGAUCAAGAACUUGAGGCUCUGUUUUCCCCCACCCCCGGCCUUCCAACCUCUUGGAUUGACUCGUCUUUUCCUUCCUCCACAGUUCGGAACGAAGCUGGCCACAUCACGCUGCAGGGCUGGCUAGCUCAGUGGAGUAUGACAACUUUCUUGGAACCAAAGACAACAAUCGAGUACCUCGCCUACCUCGGAUUUGAAUCUCCCAACAUCAAGGACGACAUCACUGCUGCUCUCAAGGUUACAAAGUCUCGGAAGCGAAGAAGACGGCCCGGCAGGGUUGAGAGGAACGUGGUCCUCUGUUACCUGAUUGGGGCUCCAGGAGCUGGCAAGUCUUCGCUUUUGGACUCGUUCUUAAAUCGGCCUUUUGAAGGACUCUACCACCCGACUAUCAAACCUCGACGAGCGGUCAACAGCGUAGAACUGCCUGGAGGCAAGCAAGUUUAUCUCAUUUUUGAGGAAUUGGGCGAGCUGGAGCCUGCCAUUUUGGAAAACCAGUCGAAACUCGAUGCCUGCGACCUGAUCUGCUACGCAUACGACUCCUCCGAUCCUGAUUCUUUUUCCCACAUUGUCGACAUGAGGUCUAAGCAUCCGCAUCUCGACGAGCUGCCGUCCAUUUACACAGCUCUCAAAGCUGACAAGGAUAAAACCACCCAGCGAAGUGAGCUACAGCCCGACCAGUACACGUCUUCACUCAACAUGAACACGCCACUUCACGUGAGCGUGACAUGGAACAGCAUUGCCGAGCUCUUUGUCGCCCUUGCCGAGACUGCUACCAAUCCAAGCAUGGGAUUCCCCAAGACGGAAGAAGAAUCCCCAGACCGUACAAGCUUGUACAUGGCCCUCGGAGCUACCGCUUGUGCAGCCGUUGCCGCGGUCAUGAUAUGGCGUCGUUCAACCAACGCAGCAUGA